AUGGCUUACCACGGCCGGGGAGAUGGCGGCUACGAGGGUCAUCCCAUGCAGGAUCUCCCAUCACACCACGGUCAGCAAGACGAGGAACAAGGGGCCGCGCUGCUCAACCAAAACCAAAUCUACGACCAGGACCGCCUGGGCGCCCAUACUCCUCCAGUCCGCCCGGUGUCGGCAUACAGCCUGACCGAGUCGUACGCUCCGAAUGCCCAAACAACCCGCGUCGGUGUUACCCCGACCCCGCCCCCCGGGGGCAACACAGAAUAUGGCGGUGCUCCUGGCCAGUACCAGCCGCAAUACUCCGCCGACCCGUCCUACCGCAUGUCCUCUGUCGACACGGACGAGAGCUGGGUACGUCGCCAACAGCCCAACGUCGCGCCCACCGGCGGCCUCAAGCGCUAUGCCACGAGGAAGGUCAAGCUCGUCCAGGGCUCCGUCCUGAGCAUCGACUACCCGGUGCCCAGUGCCAUCCGCAAUGCCGUCCAGCCCCGCUACCGCGACGAGGAGGGCAACAACGAGGAGUUCCUUAAGAUGCGCUACACGGCCGCUACAUGUGAUCCCAACGACUUCACCCUUAAGAACGGUUACGACCUGCGUCCUCGCAUGUACAACCGCCACACCGAGCUGCUCAUUGCCAUCACGUACUACAACGAAGACAAGGUCCUGCUCUCGCGUACGCUGCACGGUGUGAUGCAGAACAUCCGUGACAUUGUCAACCUUAAGAAGUCGUCUUUCUGGAACCGUGGUGGCCCCGCAUGGCAAAAGAUUGUCGUCUGCCUCGUCUUUGAUGGUAUCGAGAAAGUGGACAAGAACGUGCUCGAUGUCCUAGCCACCAUCGGUGUGUAUCAGGACGGCGUGGUGAAGAAGGACGUCGACGGCAACCAAACCGUUGCCCACAUCUUCGAGUACACCACCCAGUUGUCGGUCACGCCAAACCAGCAGCUCAUCCGGCCGGUCGACGACGGGCCCAACACCCUGCCCCCCGUUCAAUUCAUCUUUUGCUUGAAGCAGGCCAACAGCAAGAAGAUUAACUCGCAUCGUUGGCUGUUCAAUGCGUUUGGCCGCAUCCUUAACCCCGAAGUGUGCAUCCUUCUGGAUGCCGGUACCAAGCCGAGUCCCAAGUCCCUGCUCGCCCUCUGGGAAGGCUUCUACAACGACAAAGAUCUCGGCGGUGCUUGCGGUGAGAUCCAUGCAAUGUUAGGCAAGAACGGCAAGAAAUUGAUCAAUCCGCUGGUGGCUGUGCAGAAUUUUGAGUACAAGAUCUCCAAUAUUCUGGACAAGCCGCUGGAGAGCGCGUUCGGGUACGUUAGUGUGUUGCCCGGCGCUUUCUCGGCAUACCGUUUCCGCGCGAUUAUGGGUCGCCCGCUAGAACAGUAUUUCCACGGUGACCACACACUGUCUAAGCUGCUGGGCAAGAAGGGUAUCGAGGGCAUGAACAUUUUCAAGAAGAACAUGUUUUUGGCCGAGGAUCGUAUCCUGUGUUUCGAGCUGGUCGCCAAGGCCGGCCAAAAGUGGCAUCUGAGCUACAUCAAGGCUGCCAAGGGCGAAACCGAUGUGCCGGAAGGCGCGCCCGAGUUCAUCAGCCAGCGUCGUCGUUGGCUCAACGGUUCGUUCGCCGCCAGUUUGUACUCGCUCAUGCAUUUCGGGCGCAUGUACAAGAGCGGGCACAACAUCUUGCGCAUGUUCUUCUUCCACAUCCAGCUCCUCUACAACAUCCUCAACGUCAUCUUCACCUGGUUCUCGCUCUCUUCGUACUGGCUCACCACCACGGUCAUCAUGGACCUCGUCGGCACCCCGGUUCCAGCUUCGAAUAGCGCUUCGGAGCACCACGCCUGGCCGUUUGGUGACUCCGCGACGCCCUUCAUCAACGCCGUGCUCCAGUACAUCUAUCUGGCGUUUGUCAUCUUGCAGUUCAUCCUGGCCCUGGGUAACCGGCCAAAGGGCUCCAAGUGGACGUACAUCACCUCGUAUAUUGUCUUUGCCAUCAUCCAGGCGUACAUCCUCGUGCUGUCGGUGUACCUCGUUGCGCAGGCGUUUGCGACGCCGCUGAGCGAGCAGAUCCAACUUGAUACGGCGCAGAACGCUCUGAACUCAUUGUUUGGCGGCACAGGCGCGGCCGGUGUCAUCUUGGUUGCGCUCAUCACCAUCUACGGUCUCUACUUCCUCGCGUCUUUCAUGUACCUUGACCCGUGGCACAUGUUCCACUCGUUCCCGUACUACAUGCUGCUCAUGUCCACCUACAUCAACAUCCUGAUGGUGUACGCCUUCAACAACUGGCACGACGUGUCGUGGGGUACCAAGGGUUCGGACAAGAACGAGGCGCUGCCGUCUGCGCAGGUCAGCAAGGGCGAGAAGGACGAGGUGGUGGUGGAGGAAAUCGAGAAGCCCCAGGAGGAUAUCGAUCAGAUGUUUGAGCAGACGGUGCGCCGCGCGCUCGCGCCGUUCAAGGAGGACGAGAAGCCGGAGCCCAAGGAUCUCGAGGACUCGUACAAGUCUUUCCGUACCAUGCUUGUCGUCUCGUGGCUCUUCUCGAACUGCCUGCUUGCGGUCGUUAUUACUAGUGACAACUUCAACUCGUUUGGUAUCGGGCAAACCGCCACGGCACGUACGGCUUGGUUCUUCAAGUUCCUGCUCUUCGCCACCGCCGGUCUCUCGCUCGUCCGUUUCAUCGGUUUCUUGUGGUUCCUUGGCCGCACCGGUAUCAUGUGCUGCUUCGCUCGUCGCUAA